AAAAAAAUGUUUUGUAUAAAAAAUAUUUUAUUUAAUUUAAUAUUAAGAGCUCCACAGCUCUCUAAAGUUUAGGUUUUAUUAAGAAAAAAUUAUAAUAGACCUGAACGUUAUAGGUCAUAAAUCGAUAAGCGCUAUCAGUUUUAUAAACAAAAAUACCAAGCUAAUCUUUGUUAUUCUGUCUACGUGCGUUGACACAUAAAUCAGUAGCUCUUAUUGUUAUUAUAAUAUAAAAUAAUAAUAUGACCAUGUUGAAUUUUUUCAUCAAAUAUCUUGUUUAAAAUUCAUAAUUUUUUAUUCUUUUUUUUUCUAAAUAUUCUUUUUUUAUGAUUAUUUAUGAACAAUAAGAAAAAUAAUAUGGGUUGCCAUUUGAAAAUCUGAAAUUAAUACAAGUUCUAAGUAUAAGAGAUGAAGAUAUGAAAUUAAUUUUUCUUGUGAAAAAGUUCAUCAAAGAUUCAUAAUAAUUAAAAAAAAAAAUUGUUUAUAAAACUUGUAUUUUUAAUAAUAUUACGUGAGACAGGUUUUCCUAUGUCAAUCCAAUCACUCUGUAUAGUUACAAUAUUUAAGUCAACAAUUAAAUAAAUAUUUUGAAUGAUGAACACGUACAUCUAAAUAAGGAUUAAUUCUUUCCUACCAAUGAUUAAUUUACAAAUAUGGUACAACAAAAUUAAUAAAAAUAACGCACAAAAUACAUUUUACAACUAGUGUAUCUAUUUUUUUCAAAUUAAAAUCAUCAGGGAAUAAAACUAACAUAAAUAAGUUGCACAAUGAAAUAUUUUUUACUUUUCAUGUUAAUGAUAACCAUUAAAGUAAGUUUAUGUCAUAUAACACAUUACCUAAAUUGUACGCGUUCUCGUUAUUUUUUAAACUUUUUUAACCAUAAUGAAAGAUUUUUGUUACAAUUUGAAAAAAAUAAAGACUAUUUAACAAUAGAAAAUCUUAUGAACUAUGGCAAAGCACUUCAAACACAUGGUAAAGUAAUUAUGAUACUUUUGGAGGACUUGAUAUACAAUAAUUCUAAAAAUUUUCCUUAUACUUUAAUCACGGUAAAUAUGUACUUAAAUAAUAUUUCUGGUUCAUUAAAUAUGAUUGCUAAAAUUGAUGAUGAUGAAAAAAAUGAUGCUCAAAAAUUAUUAGAAGGCUAUAAGAUUAUACAUUUUGCGGUUAAAGAACAACUAAUAUAUUAUAUAAAUAUAUUCUGUCAUAAUAUACCGUUUAAUGAAAAUAUGGUAAGUUGCAAUCCACCAAUCAGUGAAAAUGAAUAUAAUACUACUGAUCUAAUAAAAAUAAAUAAUGAACUAAAGGGUAAAAUAAUGACGAAACUUAAAUUUGCAAUAGAAAGGAAUUUAUACGAAAAAUUUCAUCCAAAACUUUUUUUGUUUUACGAUAUAAUGACCUUACAAAAUAGUGAACGAAUAGAAUUAAAUCUACUUCGAUUCACUCCACUUAACGUUAAAUGUACUAAUGGUACUCGCUUAACUAUACAAGAUAUAUUUGAGUAUAUGAAAUAUGAUUUUAAUUCUAAGGAUGUUUUACCAUACAUAAAGAUGGUAAUUGGGGCUACUUUUAGACCAAUAGCUAUUCUUAUUCGCAACUAUUUAACAUUAAUUAAAGUUGCAUCUUCAGAAAAUUCAGAUAAUGUGAAGUUUUGGUUAAAAAAAAAUUUUAUUGAUAUUGGUCAAAAAAUAAUAAAAAUUUUAAUAGAAUUCAUGUCUUUCUCCGUGUUCAAAAAUAAUCCUAUAGAAUUGCUAAACAACAUCUUAAAUAAAUUUAAUUUGGCUUUAAAUAAUUAUGUUAUAAACAAAGAGUUAUCCGAAAUUAAUAUUUUACAUAAUAAUAAAUUAAUUAAAGUACUUACGAAUUUCUUCAUUAAAAGCAAAUUGUACUUCUCAAGAAAUAUAAUUCUCACUAAUAAAAAUAUUACUGAAAAUAAUGCUGAUGAGAUUAAAAAUCAAUUAGAUAAUAUCAUUCAAAAAGUAGAAAUAUAUAUGAUCGAUUUGAAAAAAUGGAAUGAAUAUUUUAAUUUUAUAGUAACAAAUCUUAAUAUUCGACCUUUUCAUGUAUUAUGUUUUAAGAAAUUUAUUGAUUUCAAAAUUAUAGAUCGUAUUUGUAAUACUGAAUCACAUUCUGAAAUAUGGAAUAUUAGUACGAAUGAUAAGAAUAAUAUUGAAAUAGGGUAUUAUAAAGAUGUGCAAAAUGUAGAAGAUAAUGUUACACAAUUUAACUUAAAGAAUCUAAACGAUAAAAAUGAUGAAUAUGAUAUCAAAUCAAAAAAAUCCUUUGAUUAUAUAUCAACUUAUAAUCCUCAUUAUAUGCUUGAUUAUUGGCCAUACAACGAGUAAAGUAAGAUUUUUGAAAUUGUUGUUAGAAUGAAUACUGUACAUUGUCAAUAAUUAUUUGCAAUGCUUUAAUUUUUUUCUAUUUUCGUAAUACAAGGUUAAAUUUUUAACUGUUUGUAUUUUCUUAAAAUAGUAAUUCUGUUCAGAAUAUUAAUUUUUGCAUUUAUUAUUUUUAUAUUUCUUGAUUUAUAAAUGAUUCAUUGUUUUUUAAUUGUAUAUUAUACCUUAUAAUGUAUAUG